AUGGACGCGGAGGACGUGGCCAUCAAGUCUCAGUUCUAUGAGUUCCUUGACGCAGAUGCAGGUCAGGGAGUGUACAUGGACAAGGUGCGCGAGAUGAUGCGGAAGCACCAGCGGCGGCUUAUGGUGUCGGUCAACGACCUCCGGGCACACUCGCCGCAUCUCGCCAAGCACGUUCUCACUCAGCCGGCAAAGUAUCUGUUCCUGUUCGAGGCUGCCCUGGCGGAGAUUGUGGCCAAGGAAGCGCCGUCGUACGUUGACCCGGAUCACCCGGUGCGGAUCGGGUUCGAGGGCUCGUUUGGCCUGCACCAUGUCACCCCGCGCGGCCUUGGCGCUCAUCUGCUGCACAAGAUGGUCAUGCUCGAGGGCAUUGUGACCAAGGUCUCACUCGUCCGGCCCAAGAUCGUCAAGUCGGUCCACUACUGCCCGGCGACCAAUGAGUUCUCCUCGCGGCAGUACCGUGAUGCCAUGGACCCGUACGAUCUGCCGACCUCGUCGGUGUAUCCGACCAAGGACGAGCGCGGCAACCCGCUCGAGACCGAGUACGGACUCUCGUCGUACAAGGACUUUCAAACGCUGGGCGUGCAGGAGAUGCCGGAGCGUGCACCCGCCGGGCAGCUCCCGCGGUCGGUCUCUGUAGUUCUCAACGGCGACCUUGUGGACGCGGCCAAGCCGGGCGACCGCAUCCACAUUGUGGGCAUCUACCAGGCGCUGGCCGGGCGGGCCGGCUCGUCGACCAACGGCGUCUUCAAGACCGCCAUCAUUGCCAACGCGGUGCAGAAGAUGGGCAAGAACUCACUGCAGCCGGUCAUGACGGAGGACGACAUUGCCCACAUCAAGUCUGUGGCCAAGCAGGACGACGUGUACCGCAAGCUCGCCUCCUCGCUCGCACCGUCGAUCUUUGGGCACGACCACAUCAAGCGGGCGUUGCUGCUGCUUCUCCUGGGCGGCGUGGAGCACAACUUGGAGUCCGGCACGCACAUCCGGGGCGACAUCAACAUCCUCAUGGUGGGCGACCCGUCGACGGCCAAGUCGCAGCUCCUCCGCUUUGCCAUGACCAUUGCACCGCUCGCCAUCUCGACCACGGGCCGCGGCUCAUCAGGCGUGGGACUCACGGCCGCUGUCACGACCGACUCGGAGUCGGGCGAGCGGCGGCUGGAGGCCGGCGCCAUGGUCCUCGCCGAUCGCGGCAUCGUGUGCAUCGACGAGUUUGACAAGAUGUCCGACAUGGACCGCGUCGCCAUCCACGAAGUCAUGGAGCAGCAGACGGUGACCAUCGCCAAGGCUGGCAUUCACACCUCGCUCAACGCCCGCUGCUCGGUCCUUGCUGCCGCCAACCCCAUCUACGGCCAGUACAACACCUCGAUCUCCCCGCAGCGCAACAUUAACCUGCCGGACUCGCUCCUCUCGCGUUUUGACCUGCUCUUCAUUGUCCUCGACACCCGCGACCCGCAGCGCGAUCGCGACAUUGCCGUCCACGUCCUCCGCUCGCAUCGCUACCACGAAGCCCACGCCGGCGCCGACACCACCACCGAGAUGUAUGAAAAGUACGACCAGCACCUGCAUGCCGACCGCGGCCCGCAGUCGCUCUACUCAGUCGCCUUUCUCAAGAAGUACAUCCACUACGCCAAGUCGCGCAUCCAGCCCUCGCUCCGCCGUGAGGUCGUUGACUUUAUCUCCAAGGCCUACUCGGAGCUCCGCUCCAAGGAGGAUAACAAGACGCUACCGGUGACUGCCCGUACGCUCGAGACCAUCAUCCGCCUCUCGUGCGCCCACGCCAAGGCCCGCCUCUCCAACGAGGUCGAGCAGGACGACGUCGUCGCCGCCCUCGAGCUCCUCAACUUUGCGCUCUACAAGGACGCGUCAGUGGUCAAGCCGACCCGGCCGCGCGCCCCGCCCGCAGACUCGGACGACGACUCGGACAUUGAUCUGGGCUCGGACGAUGAUGAUGACGACGACAACGGCGCAGGCCCUGGAGACUACGAGGGUACCUACGACGAGGCCGGUGCCGCCGUCGCCGGCGGAGACGACGACGACGAGUUUGCCUUCCGCGACGACGACGCCUCCUCGGCCUCCAAGCGCACCACCCGCUCGUCGCCGCGCAAGGUCCGCGCCUCGCCGCGCAAGGCUAUGGCUGUUCCGUCGCCGCUCAAGUCCAAGUCCAAGGUCGCGAACACGGCGGUCCGCUCCUCGCCGCGCAAGGCCACCAAGAAGGCCGCCGCAAGCUCGUCCCGUGCCGACACCAUCGACGCCAACGCCUCGUUUGACACGCUCAUCGCCGCCGGCGACGUCGUCAAGAACUAUGUCGACGACAUCGACGACGCGCGUGUCAACGAGUUCCGUCGUGCCCUCUUCCGGCUCUUCAAGUCGCGCACCAGCGAGGAGGCUGUCACCCUCGACGCCGUCCGCACCGCCGUUAACGCCGACGGUGCGGCCUACAGCACCCGCGAAAUCUACGCCAUGCUUCUCGAGCUCGAGGAGGAGGAGAAGAUCAUGCUCUCCGAGCACGAGGUCUACCGCGUGUAA